CUUGCUCCCACAUUUGCAAAAAUGGUUUGUUCCAUAUUGAUGUUCCUGGGUAGCUGUCACGUUGUGAUCGUCUUUCGUCUACCUAUUUGACUGCCAGAGAAAGCACGUUAACGCGCGUUUGAACAGAGGCAAGAAUGAGUAACAUUCCCGCUGAAGAGCGACAGGGGUACCUGAAAGACAUGGAGGGCAAGUCUAAGGCCGAGCUCGUGGAUCUUUUACGGAGGCAGGAAUUGUUACUCAACAACAGGAGGUUCCUGAAUACCUUACCAGACAAAGGUGCAAGGAUCAUUGACAUGGUGAAAAGGCUGCAUCAGCUCAUCCACCAGAAGGGAGAAAUAGAGGCAGCCAUGGAAAAACUACAGAAGAUGCAAAUUUCAUCUGGCAAUAUCACAACUAUUCAGGAAGAUGACGAAGAACAGUGCGAAAUAGAUACAAAAGAAGAAAUGCUACCCCACAAUGAUAUUGAGGAUUUUACAGAACAACAGAGUGACGACAAGAAAACUGUAGUCGUCAAAUCUUAUGACAACAUCUCAGUGUCUGCAAAUCAAGGUGGUAAAGUGCUGACAAAAGAGCAGCAAAGGACAAGGACUUUCAUGGCAAAAUAUUCUGAUGGAAAAGUGGAGAUGCCAAGGUUAAAUGUAGCUAUGAAACAGGACACUUCAGCAACAUUGGUAGCCAAAGAGACAGGGCUGAAGCCAACCCCACCACAGAAGCAUAAGUUACAAGUGGCUGUAGAAGAGACCGCUGCCACCCCUCCCCAGUACAAACAUGGUGCAGUCCAUGAACUUCCCCUAGACCAAGCGAUAGAGCUGUGGCAAGAGCAGCACAGGAAACAAGAGGAGCUGCGAGCUCAGCAUGCUGUACAUCAGCCCAAGUAAUGUUGGACAUAGUUCCUCCCAACCACAGUCUCCUCACAGCAAUGCCACUGAUGUCAGCUUCUGAACAUCAGGGAUAUGUUAUUCACGUGACUUGAUGCAGUUGCCAUGCCAACUUUUGCUGGCAAAGAAAUUAAAUAGGUUGAAUGAUUUGUUUUGAAAUAAAGACUUAUCUCCUCUAA